UCUGACGUAAACGCUUCUGAAAGUGUAGAAACACCAGAAAUAGACUGUGUGGUAGCAUCUUAUGGAUCACAGAGUGGUGGGCAACCAAUGUCUCCACCCCGGCUCACCGGCGCCCUGCGCUCCUUCUCUACUGUGAGCAAGCACGAAGACUUCACUGAAGAAGUCUAUGAUCUGAAGACCAAGCGUCUAAAGAGGCAGGAGCUGUUCUCCAGAGAGGGCCUGACAUGGCAGAAGAUAGUCCAGUUCUUCACUCAGCAUCUGGAGAAGGCAGAGCAGCAGGCUGCAGCACAGGAGCUGAAGAGCAUCCUACAGGCUGCCAAACAGAUAGUGGGGACAGAGCAUGGCCAGGACACCAUUGAGAGUGCUGCUGUCUUCCUGUUUGAGACUUUCCACAACAAGGACCAUGUGGGUCAUGAGGAGACCAGGGCCAUUAAGCAGAUGUUCGGCCCGUUCCCCUCCUCGGCAGCCGAUGCCUCCUGUGCUGCUGUGUCCCGGGCCGUGGCCCCUCUGGGAGAGUCCCAGGUGGAGGAGUUUGUUCGUUCCCAGAGCGCCUGUCGCACCCCUCAGCGCGGCUCGGCCUUCGGACGCAACAUCACCUUCUCCUAUGACUGCUACGCCCUGGACCCCCAGGAGGCCCUGCCCUGGGCCGGGGGCCCUGAGGAUGAGACCCCUGGUGGAGGCCUGGACUUCCACAGCUUCCUCAACAACCACCAAGGCCGCAGGGGUAAUGGGGGAGAGGUGGAUGGAGGCAGGCUAAGCCCGGGAGGGGCUCAGAGCUCUGGGGAUGGGACCAUCCUGAGGGGGGAGGUGGAGAAGUACCUGAACGGAGGCAACAUGAUUUCCUCCAGCCCUGAAGAACUGUGCACCUCCCUGUUUGAGAUGCUGGCUUCCACCAAGAGUGACGACGAGCUGCAGAACGAGCUGUUUGAGCUGCUGGGCCCAGAGGGAUUUGAGAUGAUCUCUGUUCUCCUCCAGAGAAGGUCUUCCAUCGUGGACUCUCUCCUCUCCAUCCCUGCAGACAGGAUCAACUACCCACCAGAUGGUAGUCGUAAAGGAAGUGGAGGAGAGGGGAGCAGCAAGCCCACGUACGGCUGUCAGGUGUCCAUCCAGUCAGGGAAGGAGAAAGAAAUGAUGAAGAUCCACCGGAGGGAGGAGAAGAGGGAGAGGAAGAGGGGGGAGAGACGCUGGGACGACACCGAAUCCUCCUCCGACCUCUACUUUGACCCCAAGGAGAUGAGAGCUCAGAGAGAGCAGGCCCUGCUGACAGCACGGCGGUCUCCAGUGCUGAGCAGAGAGAGGGUGUACGAACGCAUCCGAUACCCCAACGUCUAUGACUGCUACGCCGAGGCCACCAAGACCUCCGCCUUUGUAGGGGGAGCCAAGCUGAUGUUACCAGAGGGGAUAAAGAGGGAGAACAAUAAGAUGUAUGAAGAGGUGGAGAUUCCUCCUAGUGAUCCCAUGCCCAUCAGCUUUGAGGAGAAACCCAUCUACAUCUCUGAACUGGACGAGGUUGGUCAGUUGGUGUUUAAGGGGAUGCAGCGUCUGAACAGGAUCCAGUCCAUAGUGUUUGAGACAGCCUACAACACCAAUGAGAACCUGCUCAUCUGUGCCCCCACCGGGGCCGGCAAGACCAACAUCGCCAUGCUCACAGUCCUCCAUGAGAUCAGACAGCACCUCCAACCUGGAGGGGUCAUCAAGAAGGACGAGUUCAAGAUAGUGUAUGUAGCUCCUAUGAAGGCCCUGGCAGCAGAGAUGACUAAUUACUUCAGUAAGCGGUUGGAGCCACUGGGCAUUGCUGUCAAAGAGCUCACUGGAGACAUGCAGCUAACCAAAGGGGAGAUCCUGCGUACACAGAUGCUGGUGACUACCCCUGAGAAGUGGGACGUAGUGACAAGGAAGAGCGUUGGGGACGUGGCCCUGUCCCAGAUUGUAAAGCUCCUCAUCCUGGACGAGGUGCAUCUGCUACACGAGGACAGAGGACCAGUUCUGGAGUGCCUGGUGGCCAGGACACUACGACAGGUGGAGUCGAGCCAGAGUAUGAUCCGUAUCCUGGGUCUGUCGGCCACGCUGCCCAACUACCUGGACGUGGCCUCCUUCCUCCACGUCAACCCCUAUAUCGGACUCUUCUACUUCGACAGCCGCUUCAGACCCGUGCCCCUCGGACAGAGCUUCGUCGGCAUCAAGACCACCAACAAGAUUCAGCAGCUUCAUGACAUGGAGGAGGUUUGCUAUGACAAGGUUCUGGAGCAGAUCAGAAAUGGACAUCAGGUGAUGGUGUUUGUCCAUGCUCGUAACGCCACGGUGAGGACAGCCAUGGGGCUGAUCGAGAUGGCCAAGAACCGUGGAGAGUCUUCCUUCUUCCAGCCAGACCAUGGACCUGACUAUGGCCAGUGUGAGAAAUCGAUCCAACGUUCCAGGAACAAGCAGAUGAAGGAGAUGUUCCCAGAUGGUUUUGGGAUCCACCACGCUGGGAUGCUGCGUGCUGACCGUAGCCUGAUGGAGAGCAUGUUCUCCAGGGGUUACCUCAAGGUUCUGUGCUGUACCGCCACACUGGCCUGGGGAGUCAACCUGCCUGCACACGCUGUCAUCAUCAAGGGCACCCAAAUCUACGAUGCUAAGCGUGGUACCCUGGUGGACCUGGGCAUCCUGGACGUGAUGCAGAUCUUCGGGCGUGCCGGGCGGCCCCAGUUCGACAAGUACGGCGAGGGCACCAUCAUCACGGCACAUGACAAGCUGAGCCACUAUCUCACCCUGCUCACCCAGCAGAACCCCAUAGAGAGCCAGUUCCUAGAGACCAUGGCUGACAACCUCAACGCUGAGGUGUCACUAGGGACUGUGACUAACGUGGAGGAGGCGGUGAGGUGGCUGAGUUACACCUACCUGUACAUCCGCAUGAGAGCCAACCCGCUGGCCUACGGGAUCAACCACAAGGCCUACCAGAUGGACCCAGGUCUGGAGCUGUACCGUAAGGAGCUGGUGGUGAUGGCAGCCAGGAAGCUGGACAAGGCCAGGAUGAUCCGCUUUGAGGAGAGGACAGGAUACUUCGCCUCCACUGACCUGGGCAGAACCGCCAGUCACUUCUACAUCAAAUACAACACCAUGGAGACGUUCAACGAGCUGUUCAACUCCCAGAAGACAGAGGCUGACAUCCUCAGCAUCGUCUCCAAGGCUGAGGAGUUUGAACAGGUCAAGGUGCGUGAUGAGGAGAUGGAGGAGCUAGAGCAGAUGCUGUGUAACUACUGUGAGCUGCCUGCUGCAGGCGGAGUGGAGAACGGAUACGGCAAGAUCAACAUACUACUGCAGACCUACAUCGGACGGGGAGAGGUGGACAGCUUCUCCCUCAUCUCAGACCUGUCCUACGUAGCACAGAACGCAGCUCGUAUCGUCAGGGCUCUGUUUGAGAUUGCUCUGAGGAAGCGCUGGCCUGCCAUGACCUACCGGCUGCUCAACCUGUGUAAAGUGAUAGACAAGCGUCUGUGGGGCUUCGCUCACCCCCUGAGACAGUUCUCCAUCCUGCCUCACAACGUGCUGGCUCGUCUGGAGGAGAAGAAACUCACUGUGGACAAACUGAAAGACAUGCAGAAGGACGAGAUAGGUCACAUGCUCCAUCACGUGAACAUCGGGUUGAAGGUGAAGCAGUGUGUCCACCAGAUCCCUUCCAUACAGAUGGAGGCCACCAUCCAACCAAUCACACGCACCGUGCUCAGGGUCCGCCUCCAGAUCACCCCCGACUUCAAGUGGCACGAUCAGUGUCAUGGUUCAGUGGGAGAGCCCUGGUGGCUGUGGGUGGAGGACCCCAUCAACGAUCACAUCUACCACUCAGAGUACUUCCUCCUACAGAAGAAACAGGUGGUGAGUGGGGAGCCCCAACAGGUGGUGUUCACCAUCCCCAUCUUUGAACCCAUGCCCUCCCAGUACUACAUCAGAGCUGUGUCAGACCGGUGGCUGGGCUCAGAGGCUGUCUGCAUCAUUAACUUCCAACACCUCAUCCUGCCUGAGAGACACCCCCCACACACUGAGCUGCUGGACCUGCAGCCGUUGCCCAUCACCGCCUUGGGGAACCCGGAGUACGAGAGUCUGUACAAGUUCACCCACUUCAACCCCAUCCAGACACAGAUCUUCCACACGCUCUACCACACCGACACCAACGUCCUGCUGGGGGCGCCAACGGGCUCCGGUAAAACCAUCGCUGCCGAGUUGGCCAUGUUCCGAGUCUUCAACCAGUACCCUACCUCCAAGGUGGUGUACAUUGCCCCUCUGAAAGCUCUGGUCAGGGAGAGGAUCGAGGACUGGAAGGUCAGGAUAGAGGAAAAACUGGGGAAGAAGGUUGUGGAGCUGACAGGUGAUGUGACUCCAGACAUGCGGGCCAUCGCCGCGGCCGACCUGAUCGUGACCACGCCAGAGAAGUGGGACGGCGUGAGUCGCUCCUGGCAGAACCGCAGCUACGUCCAGAAAGUAGCCAUCCUCAUCAUCGACGAGAUCCAUCUGCUAGGGGAGGACAGAGGUCCUGUGCUGGAGGUCAUAGUUUCCAGGACCAACUUCAUCUCCUCCCACACCAAAAAGACUGUCCGCGUUGUGGGCCUGUCCACGGCCCUGGCCAACGCACGAGACCUCGCCGACUGGCUAGGGAUUGGACAGGUGGGUUUGUUUAACUUCCGGCCAUCUGUGCGUCCCGUCCCAUUGGAGGUUCACAUCCACGGCUUCCCAGGACAGCACUAUUGCCCCCGCAUGGCCAGCAUGAACAAACCUGUGUUCCAAGGUACAGAAACACACAGUAAGUAUUCACCCCCUCUCCGCGAUUCAGUCACUGCAGCCUGUUCUGCGACAGCUCUUGACCUGAUAGCCUUCCUGGCCACCGAGGACGACCCCAAACAGUGGCUGCACCAGGACGAGACUCAGAUGACAGACAUCAUCGCCACGGUGAGGGAGUCCAACCUGAAGCUGACGUUGGCGUUCGGUAUCGGCAUGCACCACGCUGGACUACACGAGAGAGACAGGAAGACUGUGGAGGAACUGUUUGUCAACUGCAAGAUCCAGAUACUGAUAGCCACCAGCACUCUGGCCUGGGGAGUCAACUUCCCUGCCCAUCUGGUCAUUGUCAAAGGUACUGAGUACUACGAUGGGAAGACCAGACGCUACGUGGACUACCCCAUCACAGACGUGCUGCAGAUGAUGGGCCGUGCAGGCCGCCCUCAGUAUGAUGACCAGGGCAAAGCUGUGAUCCUGGUCCACGACAUCAAGAAAGACUUCUACAAGAAGUUCCUCUAUGAACCCUUCCCUGUUGAGUCCAGUCUCAUGGGUGUGCUGUCAGACCAUCUGAAUGCUGAGAUUGCUGCAGGGACCAUCACCUCUAAACAGGACGCUAUGGACUACAUCACCUGGACGUACUUCUUCCGCAGGCUGGUCAUGAACCCCAGUUACUACAGCCUGGAUGACAUCAGCCACGAGACCGUUAACAAGUACCUGUCCAACCUGGUGGAGAGGAGUCUCCGAGACCUGGAGUGUUCCUACUGUAUGGAGAUAGGAGAGGAUGAUUGCACAAUUGAGCCCCUGACGUACGGUCGUAUCUCCUCCUACUACUACCUGAAGCACCAGACAGUCAGGAUGUUCAAGGAGAGGCUGAGGGCUGAGCUGCCCAUCCAGGACAUCCUCUCUGUCCUCACGGAUGCUGAGGAGUACGGGGAGCUGCCCGUCAGGCACAACGAGGACCAGCUGAACAGUGAGCUGGCUCAGCGUCUCCCCCUGCAGGUCAACCCCCACAGCUACGACAGCGCCCACACCAAGACACACCUGCUGCUGCAGGCCCAUUUCAGCCGCGCCCAGCUGCCCUGCUCCGACUACGGCACCGACACCAAGACCGUGCUGGACAACGCCAUACGCAUCUGUCAGGCCAUGCUGGACGUAGCAGCCAACGAGGGCUGGCUGGUGACUGCUCUCAGCAUCUGUAACCUGGUGCAGAUGAUCGUUCAGGGCAGGUGGCUCAAUGACUCCUCUAUACUGACCCUACCUACCAUAGAGCAGCAACACCUCUACCUGUUCAGCAGGUGGAGCUCCAAGGGAGGGAGGGGCGGAGCCAGGGGCUUCCACGGACCAAUAGAAGGGCUCCCUGAGCUGAUUGCCACCUGCGAGGGGCGGGAGAACACCUUCGCUGCCAUCGUGGGGGAGGUGCUUCAGCCCCAUCAGAUCUCCCAGGCCUGGUCAUUCCUCAGCCAUCUGCCGGUGAUGGAGGUGCGUCUGAGUGUGAAGGGUUGGUGGGAGGGAUGUGGGGAGCAGACAGAGCGCCCCCUCCCUGCGGCCGGGGGGAAGCUCAGGGACGACAGAAGCUGGCUGGAUGUCCACGCUGACCAGGAGUACGUCCUGCAAGUCUCACUGCAGCGCAUCAACGCUGGCCAGCAGAGGAGGAAGCAGGACAGUAAGGCCCAGGCCCCCAGGUUCCCUAAGAAUAAGGAUGAGGGCUGGUUCCUGGUUCUAGGAGAGGUGGAGCGCAGAGAGCUACUGGCCGUCAAACGCAUUGGAUACUGCCGACACCGCAGCACCGUUUCCCUGGCCUUCUACACCCCCGAGAAGACCGGAAAGUGUAUCUACACGCUAUACUUGAUGAGUGACAGUUACCUGGGUCUGGACCAGCAGUAUGACCUCCACCUCAACGUGACCCCUGCCUGCAUCGCUGCCCAGGUCAACAGUGAAGUCACUGAGGCCAUGGGAGGCAUGUCCUUCAAGUGAUAUGUCAACAUGAUGACAUCAUCAUGAGUUACAUGAUGACAAUGAAAAAAAAUGAGGAGACAAUGGCCACGUAUGUCUUUAGACUCCAAUGUUCGGGACGUUUACACGGAUGAUGUGAUGGUAAUGAUGGUGUGACUGGAGAUUAGCCUUAAAGCAGGGAUGUCAAACUCAUUCCAUGGAGGGCCUAGUGUCUGCGGGUUUGAGGGAGGGAGGGAGGGAGGGAGGAUACAGGGUUAAGUACUAGUUAGUCUGGGGCAUGGGCUAUGGGAAACUGUGGCCUAAUGGGACCCUGUACAAUGAUCGGUCAGUCAAUAGAAAUACUCAUGAAAGACAGGGCUGUCAAGUUACAUUAACAUUGUGUAAUAAAAUGAAUAACUAUUUUGUUGCAGUACAUAAUAAUAAUAAUAAAAAUAUGCCAUUUAGCAGACGCUUUUAUCCAAAGCGACUUACA